AUGUCUCCAUCCGCGGUCCCUCUCAAAGACAAGGUCACGCCGCCAUAUCAACGACCAAAGAUCUUCAUUCACGGUAUCGGCGUCGAGUAUCCACCCAACAGCAUCAAACCAGAUGAUCUCGAGCAGCUCGCGCGGCGAUUCUACCCGUCCACCCCUGCACUCGAAAAGACUCUCACUAUCAACUGCUACACUGGCAUCGAUACCCGCUCCUCGAUAGGCGACAUCGAUCACCCGAUCGUCAACGGGCCCAAACCUCCAACGAUUGACGAACUAUGCGCAGUUUUCCUAGACGUUGGCGUGUCCCUGUCUGUUGCGGCUGCACGCAAGGCGAUUGAGCAGUGGGGUGGCGAUCUGUCGGAGAUCACGCACGUGGUCGCCACCACCUGCACCAACUCGGCUAACCCGGGCUUCGACCACUAUGUUGUCAAACAACUGGGUUUGAAUCAGAGCAUCGAGAAAGUGCUGCUACAUGGUGUGGGCUGCUCUGGUGGCAUGGCGGCGAUGCGCACCGCCGCUAACAUAGCUAUGGGAAACAGCUUUCGUGGGAAGCCAGCUCGGAUCCUGGUGCUGGCGUGCGAAGUGAGCACAACCUUUGUUAGGAGCGAGCUGGAGAGUGUGGUGCAGGACGGUGAUGUGCGAAUUGGAUUGUGCCUAUUCAGCGAUUGCGCCAGUGCGAUAGUGUUGGGAAACGGCGUCAGUGAACGGGAAAUGGGGGCAGACGGAGCCGAUGAGGAAGAGCCACUGCUCGAGGUGCUGGGCUGGGAGCACCGCAUUGUGGAAGACACAGAGCAAGAUCUGGGCUUUGACGUUCACCCGCUUGGGUGGAAAGUCGUCCUUACGCAACGGGUGCCGAAACUCGCCUGUUCCGCGGUACCCAAGGUCUUCGAAAGCCUCAUCUCAUCGAUCCCGGAGCUCGUCGACCAGGGUAAGCUGAAAGCCAAUGAGUACGAUUGGGCACUGCACCCCGGCGGCGCCACGAUUCUGUCUGGCGUGGAGAAAUCCAUGAACUUGACGUCCGAGCAUCUGCGGGCCAGCUACGAAAUCUACAUUGGGCAUGGCAACAGCUCGAGCGCGACCUUCUUCAGCGUGCUGAAAAGGCUGUUAGAGGGCGAGACGACGGAGCAUAUCAUCGGUUCGGCAUUCGGACCUGGUGUUGCGAUUGAGAUGGCCGUCUUCAAGCGCAUCAUGGGCUCCAGGCCCAGCAGCGGGAGUACAAGUCCGGCUGAGACGUUGGUGGCCGAGGAUGUAGAUUGA